AUGGAGACUACGACCCCAGCGGGACAGCCUAUUGUCUCAAGAGAAAAGACGGCCCCAUUCCUCAUCCGAACUUUUGUAAAGGUUGGAUCAUUCCACAGACUGUCCUUGUUCGAGGAGAAUACUCUACCAACCACGGAUGAACAACAAAUUUACACCUGGAAAGAUGCCACCUUGCGUGAAGUACUGACGACUCUCCGAAAUGCUGCACCCCAAAUACCAGAGUUUCGCCACCCUCUGGCCCGUUAUUCCUUCCGCGCUAUAUAUGCAGACGCAGCAAACAGAGGACGCUUUGCACAGAAAGAGCUUGGUAUGGUUUAUUCUCGCGAUAUUCUGGGCGAGCCGGGUACCGUUGACAGCCCCGCGGCACGCCUGCUCAACGACGUAGAUGCCGAAUCCAGAGAGCAGACAGAGCGGGAGAAAGAGGAGAGGACUCUCGAUGAACUUCGAUUCGUGCCAGGAGACUAUCUUUGCGUCUCUAUUAUCCUUCCAAAAGCCGCCGCGGCUGCAGUAGCCGCAGUUACUCAGCCAGAGAGCACUGUCAAGGUUCCAGUUCAAAAUGGCUGGAGAUCCGCACCAGCAGUACGACAGAGUGAUGCAGGCUGGGGAGCGGCAGCCCCUGCUGGCCGAGGUGGGGGUCAUUGGCGAGGGGACUCUAACCCUACUCCUCCCAGUGGCCCACGAGGAAGAGGUGGUGGUGGAAGGGGUGGAGACUUUGCUGGGAGAGAUCGCGACUUUGACCGCAACAGAGAUUCGGAGAGACGUCCGCCCCCAAGGCGCGAUUCACCACCUCACCGAGGAGGCGGCUGGGGUGGCAGAGGUGGCAAACGGUCGCCAUCGGGUUCGCGAUCAAGGAGCCCACCGCGACGCAGAGGGUCUCGCUAUGACUGA